UUGUGUGUGUUUCACUUCGUUUCUUAACGCUGUGCCAAACAGAGGCUGGACUGUGGCGAGUCAGUGACCGACGAGGAGGGAAAUUCACGGAAUAAUUUUACUGACAUUUCUGCGUACAAACACGUUGUCACUUAUUGUUGCCACACCUUCACCUUUAUAUCUCGGUUUUAUCUGAAAAAUUCAAAACGGAGCAAUUCUGGAAGCUGGCGGGGACCCGCGGCUGUGUGCCGCCGGGCAUGGAUGCUCGGUGAGCCGCAGCAGGUGUGAGGACAUGAUGGCGGAGCCUCCUGUGGGAACAGGCAGCAACAGCAAUAAUGGUACCGGUGGUGGAGGCAGAGUGUUACUGGUAAAGAGGCUGAACAUGAAGGACGGAGGGACAACGGGUAUUGGCCGGCCCAGUGUGUACCAUGCCAUUGUGGUGAUCUUCCUGGAGUUCUUUGCUUGGGGUUUGCUCACCACACCCAUGCUCACGGUUUUACAUGAAACAUUUCCUCAGCACACUUUUCUGAUGAAUGGACUCAUUCAGGGCGUGAAAGGUCUGCUUUCUUUCAUGUCUGCUCCUCUGAUUGGAGCAUUGUCUGACGUGUGGGGGAGGCGCUCUUUCCUGUUGGUUACUGUCUUCUUCACUUGUGCUCCUAUUCCACUGAUGAGGCUCAGCCCCUGGUGGUACUUUGCCAUGAUCUCCAUGUCUGGAGCUUUUUCUGUCACCUUCUCAGUCAUUUUUGCCUACGUCGCUGACGUGACAACAGAACAUGAGAGGAGUACAGCUUACGGACUGGUAUCAGCCACCUUUGCAGCAAGUCUGGUCACCAGUCCAGCCAUUGGUGCCUACCUGUCUGCCUGGUAUGGUGACAACCUGGUGGUUCUGUUGGCCACACUCAUCUCUCUGGCUGAUAUCUGCUUCAUCUUGCUGGCCAUGCCUGAGUCCCUGCCUGACAAGAUGAGGUUGAACACCUGGGGCGCUCCCAUUUCCUGGGAGCAGGCCGACCCAUUUGCUUCUUUAAGAAAAGUGGGCCAGGACACAACAAUUUUGCUCAUCUGUAUCACCGUGUUCCUGUCGUACCUGCCUGAGGCUGGACAGUAUUCCAGCUUCUUCCUCUACCUCAGACAGGUGGUAAAUUUCUCCUCCACCACCAUUGCUGUGUUUAUUGGAGUAGUGGGCAUACUGUCCAUUGUAGCACAGACCCUCCUCCUCACUCUGCUGAUGAGAAAUCUGGGGAACAAGAACACCGUUCUUCUGGGUCUGGGUUUCCAGAUUCUCCAGCUGGCCUGGUACGGCUUUGGAUCUGAGCCAUGGAUGAUGUGGGCAGCAGGUGCUGUAGCAGCCAUGUCCUCCAUCACCUUCCCUGCUGUCUCUGCUCUGGUGUCACAGUCAGCUGAUCCUGAUAAACAAGGUGUGGUCCAAGGGAUGAUCACAGGGAUCAGAGGUCUGUGUAAUGGUUUGGGUCCAGCUCUUUAUGGUUUCAUCUUCUUUCUCUUUGAUGUGGAGCUGAACACCAUGGACCCCAUUCAGGGAGAUUACAGCAUUGACCCUCUGCCUCUGCACAGUCCCACUGAGAGGGCACUAAUCCCUGGUCCUCCCUUUCUGUUGGGGGCAUGUACUGUUGUGGUGGCCUUCUUGGUGGCGCUCUUCAUCCCAGAGAAGCCCUCCACCUCUGCGUCCGCCUCCUGCUCCCAGCUGUCCCUCAGUGAUAAGGCCCAUCCUCACAGUAAAGAAUCCAUGUCCUCCUUGGCAGGUAUUCACGUCAACACGCCACUACCAGGAAGCGAUGAGGAGACUCCACCCACCACUGCCAGUGAUGAGGACUUUGAGCCACUGCUGCAGGACAGUAUUGUUUGAUGGACAGGUGGAAACAACUUUAGAGGGCGGUGCUAAAAUUAGACCAAGGAAAAAGGAGUAAAGAGCAGUUACAACCUUUCUUUACUGCAAUACUUAAAGCUUGACAUUGACAUCUUCGGCCAGAAGAUGGAGCUAAAGGGUGAAGAUAGACCUGGAGCAGAGGAAUAUUGUAAUUAGUCGUGAUGGCUCUGUAAAGAGCAGAGGAGUGCAAAGAUGUGAAUGUAUGAUGUCAGUACAGAAGACUUGAAGAGGAUCUAUUUAUUUAUGUAAUAUUUAUUGAUUUCUGAUCAGGCUCGGGACCAAAGGGACGACAUGGUGAAAUAUUUGGAUUAGAAAGGGGAGAGAAUGGGGAAUGUGCAGUCUCAUCGGACUGAGACAUUAGACAUAAGAGAGUUUAAUGUUACAAUUGGUUGUUUUGUUUUUUUCUUUAUCUUGAAGCUUGAAGUUGUUUUUUUCCAUAUUUUUUCCCCUGUAAUUCUGAUGUUAAAAUGAUGUCUGUGGUAUUUUAAGGCAUUGCAUAGAGAAAUGUGUCAAUUCAUUAACCAGGUACACUUCUGCAACAAAGUCCUGAGAAAAUAUGACUUCAAAUGAGACGGGAAUUGAUGGUCCACUGCUGCCCCCUGUGGUCAGUUGGUUUGAGCACAUUUAAACAUUCGCGUUCCAAAACGACACAUUUGAACUCGGUGCUAGAAACAGCAGUUGAUCAGCAACACCUGUCUGACAAGAAUACCAAAAACCUCAUCGUAAUGGGUCAUGUGGAAAAGUGUUUUUUUUUUAUCUUUAGGUUACUAUUGAGAACAAGUACUGUUUCUACAUGUACAGUAUUUCACCUGCUCUGAGCUAUAAAUACUCAGACAUGAAUGUGAAGAUAUCAAUCUGAAAGUACUGAGGUGACAAAUGAGUGACAAGUACCUAGAAUGUGUUUGUACAGUGUAGAAUAUAACUGGGCACAAACUCAUACUGCAGAGUAUAAAUGAACUACGUUACUAUGACUUUUUUUUCUUUUCUGUCUGUUGCUCUACCUCAUAUCAGUGUUUUUAAGUCACACUUAACCUGGAGUUUCUUACACUCCAUGACCUUUAUUUAAAUAUUGAAGUCACUUUAUAAAAUGUGCUGCUGAGCCAACAGGCUCUGAACAAGUAAGUUUUACACAUCAGUUCUUCAGUGUGUGUUUUACAACAGCUGAACAGUAAUAAACCUCCACCUUGUGA